CCCCCGUCCCACCGACCCGCCCGGCGCCCUGCAGGCCGCGUCCAAUGACAUCAGACCUGAAUCCGUUCUAUCCAGCUGACCUACAGGCGCCGCUGGUUCCUGGUUACUACGCCGCUGACCAGGCCGCAGAAGAUGGGCUGCUGCUUUAGUAAGGAGCCGAGCCCCGAGCCGCAGACCGAGAGGAGCGUGCUGCUGUCGCCCCCCCGCCGCCCCGGCCCCGCCGCCGCGCCGGAGCCGCUCAGGAGGCAGGCGGCGGCCGUGGCCCGCCAUGUCGGUCUGAGGGAGGAGGAGGAGGCGCAGGCGCAGGAGCCGCCGAGGGAGGAGGGGCAGACGGACCUGAUGGCAGAAAGCCGUGGUCAGGAUCAGGACGCCGCCAUGAUGGCCAGCGUUACACACAGAGGAACAUCGGCCCGUCCCAGCUGUGAGACGCCUCCUUAUAUGGAGGUGUCCACCCAGACCGCCGUCAGCCAGGAGGCUCAGCAGGGUGGAGGCGACGCCUGGGUCAGCGCCGCAGCGCCGCGUCCGCCCACAGAGACGACCAACCUCAACUUCUACAGCAUCUGCUCCAUCCAAGCAGCCGACCUGGACCUGGAUCAGAACCGGACCCACCCCUCUGGAACCGCUGCUCCCACCUGCACGCCAACGCUGUCGCCCUCCAGCCAAUCAGAGGCCGCUGUUCUCUGGGACCACGCGGACGCCAUUACACGCUGGUCACAUGACCAGGAAGUCAUUCCUGUGCAGCCACAUGCUGACAAAGCGAGCCCCGACCCGUUUCCCGUCCAGAACCGGCCCGGCAGCGAGGACCCUCAGGCAUCCUCACUGGACACCUGUCACAUCCAGCGGCACGCCGUCUCACCAGAAGAAGAAAUGAUCGCCUUUAAGAAGCAAGAAGAAGAACCGAGCCCUGAUCUGCUUCAGCCUGAGCUCACAGCCCAGAACCAGAACCAGAACCAGAACCUUUCAGCGACAGAACCGGACCGCCCCGGUGAGCAGAGUGCUGAGAUCAGAGCGCCGAGCCUCCAUGCUGAAGAAAGGCUGCCCCCCCGCUCUGCUUCACCUGGAGACACAACCUCAGAGUCCAGGGAUUGUUCUCUGAAACCAGAACCCGGUUCUGUGUUCGACCCAGAGGUGGUUCUCCACAGCGAGAACAACGAGUCGCCUCAGGAAGACGACCCAGACGCUCCGCCUGGAGGCUGGAGGGACAGAACCGUCCGCUCUGAGGACGCUGAUGGACCCAAACGUCCACCCAGUCCUCCUCCUGCAGACUCUGCUCCUCCUUCCUGCUCUCCUGCUCCUCCAUCUGACAGCAGCGCCGGCAGAGAGGAGGUGAGCUGCUGUCCUCUGCCGUCCUCUGACCGUCCUGACUCAGCGUCCCCCACCGUGUCCCCCACCGUGUCCUCUGACCCGCUGACCCCACAGGACCAAACGUCAGACAGAAACGAGCAGGAGGACCUGGAGGAGACGCAGAGUUUACCUCCUGACUCCUACCAGACCCCCGGGGUCCCUGUGGGGGCCAGUCCCUCAGAGCGGGUGGGGGGCCGCUGUCAGCAGGGACACGUCUCGGUACCAGUGGACCCGGAUCAGAUCGACGUGUACGCCUCCACGCCGUCCUAUGAGAUCCACCUCCUGAAGGAGGAGCUCCCUGCUGCUGAGGAGGAGGAGGAGGAGGAAGAGGAGGACUGGGACAUCAGGGACAUGGUGUCUGAGCUGCUAGGAGACCUGGCCGAGUCGUCCUCCUGCCGUCUGCACCCCUGGAUCAGGCUGGGUGUGGAGCAGAACCCUGACAGCCUGGCCCUGGGGGCGUCUGAGGCCGAGGGGCCGGGGGCCGGAGACGAGGAGCGGCUCCCAGCCGUGGUGUCGGAGCUGCAGCCCUCCAUGGCUCUGCUGGGGGCCUUCCCCUACAGCACCGUCACGCCUCAGGGGCCCUGUGUGUGGGACUGGCACACCGGCCCCCAGCCUGAACCUGUCGCUGCCGCUUGUCUGGACCCUGAAGCCAAAUCCUGGACGGAUCCCAGCCUCAGCUUCCACAUCCCGGAUCCCGGCUACCAGCAGCCUCAGCCAACAUGGCUGCCGCUCCCUGACGGCCUGAGCCUCCAAGGGUUUGGACCGGCGUUUGAAGAGAACGGUGGGCCGGCUGCAGCAGAGUACCAGAGCCAGACAUGUGGAGCUGCUGGGCUCAACGGAGCGAGUGCUGAGCCUCCGGUCACAGACGAGAUCCGACAGGAACUGAGCCUGGUGCUGGAGUCCUGCCUGACCAGGGAUUAUCUGAGCAGCGACCUGUACCUGAAGUCCCAGAUGGACAACGACCAGUACGUCUCCAUCUCCACGCUGGCCAGCCUCGACAGGAUCAAGAACCUCACCACAGACCUGGAGCUCGUCGCCGACAUCCUGAAAUCCAUGCCUCUGGUCCAGGUGGCGCCGUGUGGCCAGAAGGUGCGGCCCAGACAGAGCCGCUGCGUGGUCAUCCUGCGGGAGAUUCCCGGCUCCACGCCCACAGAGGAGGUGGAGGCUCUGUUCCAGGGAGACCACCUGCCCAAAGUCCUGAGCUGUGAGGUGGUCAACAACGACAACUGGUUCCUCACCUUCAAGUCUGAGGCUGACGCCGAGCAGGCCUACAGGUACCUGAGAGAGGAGGUCCGGGUCUUUAAGGGGAAACCCAUCAUGGCGCGCAUCAAAGCCAAACCCAUGGCCAUCGCCUCCUUCGCCCCUAAAGACGGAUACCGGCCCGUCCAGCUGGAGCCGUGCCGCGCCCGCUACAGCUCCUACUUCCCCCCCACCACCUUCAACCCGUCCUGCCUCCCUGCUGCCGCCCCACCGCCGCUCUUUGAGCUCAGCGGCGAGGCGUGGCCCCCCCCCGCUGCCGGCUACCAGGACGGCGCCGAGCUACUGAUGAACAACUUCAUGAACGGAUUUCCAGAACCUUCCACCUUCAAGCCGCACUCAGCCAACAGGCAAAGGAGAGGCUCCAGGCUGCUGAAGUGUGCCGACCGCUGGCAGAACCACGGUGACCGCGCCCCCCCCUCAGAGCCGCCGGCCACAGACUGCCUGAAGGCGGGACGAGGCCGGCUGAGGGGCGGCCUGCGUCGCCAGGCCUGGGGGGGGCGAACAGAGCCCAACAAACCGCUUCUGAUGCCGUCAUCUGACCGGGGAAGCAGGAGAGGAGCCUCCGGCCAGAGGAGGAGGGAGACGACAAAGUCCUGGGAGAGAAGCAAGCAGAACCCUCAGGUAAGGAGAACCGGAGCAGAGCGCAUGUGUGUGAGUAACCUCCACGCCUCCUCCACCGCGUCUCCUCCUCUGCAGUCUCCUCCUGCUGCGCCGCUGGAGCUCAACCUGUCCAGCUUCCCUCCUCUGUCCACGGCCAGCGGCCCCGCAGCCAGCGACAGCGCCCAGGGUCCCACAGAGAGCAGCAGCUCCUCCACCGCGCCGUCAGCUCCGUCCUCACCUCCUCCAGCGGAGCCGCAGUCCGCUCCUCCUCCGAAGGAGACGGACGGCGGAGACACGAGCGGCGAGGACAGAGCGGCUCAGGAGGCUGCAGCCGAGACGAAGAAACUGAGCUACGCUGAGAUCUGCCAGAGGGCGUCGUCCAAUGAGGCGGCGCCGCCGGCUGACCCCGCCCCCUCCGUGCCUCUGCUGCCGCCGUGACGACAGGAAACCGUCUGAUGUGUAGCGGGCUGCAUAUUUAUUGGAGGUGGAAGUAGCAAAGAAACCUUUACGAGCUCCUGAUGGUCUGUGAAAACUGCUGACACUGCGUUUACCUCGUUAACUUUCUUUAUUGGGCAGUCAGCUGAUCUGUGAACGUUUUAUAAUUCUUUAGGUCGCCUUCCUGUCUUCCUCAGCUCAGAGCUGGGACAGCCAGGCGCUAUAGUGGCUUUACAGGAGGUUCUGACAGGGUUCUGUUGUUCAUUCUGGGUUUUUAAGUCCUCUGCUGUGGACCUGCCAUGUUCAGAGGCCCAGCAAUGAACGAGCAGAACUGGAAAGCCUUUCUUUAUGUUUGCCUUUGGAAGUGAGUUCCUUAUAUUUGCUGUUUUAUUUCACUAAAACACAGAGAGUCUGUUUUAUUUGCGUUUAACUUUGUGUUUAACUGGAUUAUCUGAAGCUUUAUUCCUGUGCUGACUUUAUUUAACUUGCUGUGUUUUGUACUUGUUUAAGUUCUGUCCUCAGAGGCCGCUGAGCGUCCAACAAAAUGUUCAACUUGAAAUGUUUUAUUUGAUUGUAAAGAUGUUCUGAUCUGUUUGGAUGUACAGCAGAUGUACAGAAUCCUGAACAAACAUUAGUAAAAGCUGUGGCUUUACACAGA